CUCAAGACACAGGCGAUCACCGGUAACUACGAUCGGCCUCUCCUUGCGUACUUCUCCAGCGGUGCAUUCAUGACCCAAGAUGGGAGCUUGGGCAGGAUCACGCUGUGGCCGAUUCCAUGCCCAGGCUACAACAUGCUUCUCUCCACUGCCGGUGUGCCACAGAUGGCGGAUUUCUUCGGGGAUUUCCAGUGCCAAGCAUCCGGUCUGCCUAUGGAUUCUUAUACUACAAGGAGGGGAUCCAGUCAGUUCUCCCGGACGCCGAGGUGAUCAUGGACGCCGUGCAUCGUUAUGCCAACAGCAAGCUCGUGUUUCACUCAUGCUUGCGCUUGCAGUCACAGCUGCUUCGCGACGCUAAGAACAAGGAAGCUGGGAGGGAGAUUCUACUCAAGUCGUGUGUCUCACACUUUGGUGUGUCUCUUGCGCAGGAGCUCGUAGUCCGAGUGGAGCAUGGUGUUGGUGCCUUCUAGAUCGUCGCCACGCUAUAGCGUACGUAUGUAACUAGACCUGCCUGGGAGGGAGUGGCCUCCUUUUUCAGCUGAAAGUUUUGUCACUGAAUCUUGUGAUAAGAUGACAAGCAAGCAAGCAUUGUCACCAAUAGAGUGGCUCCGAUGGCGAGCUAGUGAGGGCA